AUGAACCCACGCGCGGUGAUUCUGUUGGACGCAGCGCAUCCAGCCCAAGCCACGCCCCGAGGGGCCGGGGUGCGAGGCACGCGCCGGCAGGCGGGACAAACACUCCUUGCACAUCCUCCUCGUUGGUUCGAUGUGCCCCUUUUCCUUCCCGCGGUCCGCGCCCGUGCGCCGCUCGGAGACGCCCUGCGGGAACUGACCGCCCGGCCCCUCACCCUCGGCGGCGGGGGGCUCCGAAGGACGCGGGCGCCAUCGGCGCUCGCCCUCCGCCCCGCCACGGGAGACCUGCUGCGGCGUGCGCCCGCGAGCGCGCGCCGGGCCGGCGGAGGCGAGGCCUCGCGCCCCCCUGCCGCAGCGAGCGCGCCGCAAGUUGUUGGCACCAGCAGUCGCGGCGUGGCGCGGAAGCUGCCGGGCCGUACUGGCGGGCUGGUGGGUGGGUUGGCGUUGAUUGCUUCUGUCGGUGGUUGGGGAACGGCUGGUGUCAUGUGGUUCGUGACUUUAGUGGCGCGGGGUCGUUUGGGCUCCGUGUUUUUUUUCUCGCAUUUUUGUUUUGUAUUAUUGUUUCCUGUGUUUCUUGUGCUGCCGAAUGAGAUCGUGGAUGCUAGCGUUGGCUGUUGUUUGUGGUGUUGGUGGGCAGAUCUUAUUGUUUUUGGCGGCGGUACGAGGAUGCUUUUGGACGUUAUGGUUUUUUUUGUUCGCGAUGUGCCGUGGGAAAAGUUCUUCGAAGUUUUUCUUUUCUCUCUUUUUUAUUCUUUUUCAUGCUUUUUCCUCCUCUUUUUUUUCUUUUAUUGCAUUGAAAUGUGCACU